UAUCACGGGUCGCUGUGGCCUCCGCGUAUUGCAAAUUUCGACGAUCUGGAGUUCGUGUGAUGAUUCAAGGUCUAUUCCGUGGAUCAUACACAAGAACAUGGGAAAGGUGUGCAGGUGCCAUAUCUAGACAGAAAGAAGAAAUACUUUCAAUCCCUGAAAUCGGCAUCAACGAUUUAUAGCUACGGCGGAUGACUUCCCAGGCAUUCAGAGACAGACGUGAUGCUACUUGCACUACAUCUCCACUUUACUAGUAUCGCUGCUUCUUAUUUUGACACUCGUUCGUUUGCUGAAAGCCGGGCUGGAUCUCGGUUACGAGGGAUGAGGCUCGCAUUCUACACCGUCUUCAUUGGCACUGCUACUGCAAUCUGUCCAGGGUUCACCUUUGGUGUCGCUGACACGAAGGGAGGGCCUCCCGGGUCUUGGCGUGUUUAUGAUGAUUCAUGUAACCCCAUCCUGACGGUGUUCGCUGACAAUCCAUGUGACGUAGGAGUUUUCGGCUGUUCUGGCGCUCCCAUCACGUUUGAUGCACUGCAUCUCAAUGGAUUAGAUUACACUUGCCAGCGUGACAAUAAUUCUGACACGUGCGAAGGGUUUGCCAGUAUACAAGUCUGUUGUAAGGGAAACUAAAGUAGUACUUGAAUAACAAGUUACAGAAUGAUGCUGUGGUUCAAGCAUCAUAUGUUGUCGGCAAGCAUUAUGUUUCUGGAAUGAAGCGCGGUCGUCGGUCGUCGAUAUGCCGAUCGCGAGGAGUGAGUUUGUAUUUCCCCAGAGGCCUCAAGAGCGGGUCACUGCCCAUCUCCGUUCCUGUUC